AUGGGUCAAAUGGGGCAAAAUGGUCAAAAAUGUAAUAACGACCAAGCGGGUCAUUAUAACAUUAGACCUAAAGAAAAAAAUGGUAACCAAGGUGGUCAAAAAGACUCCCCGAUUGUAGCAGAGGAUGAGAAUGUAUUUGCUGAUCUGAUAGACAGGGAGGACUAUUCAUCUGCUAUUGUUCAUCCUUGGGUUAGAGCUACAAGUGUAAAAAUUGAUUCCUCGCUUUACCAGUUGCUCAAACUUCAGGGCUAUUUUUGGAACUCCACCGAUAAUGAUCCUCAUCAACAUUUGCAGAACUCGGUGGAUGUAUGUGCUCAUCAUAUUCAAAAUAACAUUUCAGAAGAUGCAAUUCAUCUAAGACUCUUCAAAUAUUCUUUAGCUGGAGAUGCAAGAGUGUGGUUUGAAAAGCUUCCCCAGAAUUCUAUACCUUCAUGGGCAGAGGUGAUUUCUCAAGAAGUGGGGAGCAACUAUAUGAAGCUUGGGAGAGAUUUAAAGAAUAUUGUAGAAGUCUUCAAAUCAUGUUUUUCCAGAGAAUAUAUUGAUGGAGAAAUUCUAUACAGGGCUGCAUCCUAUAAAACACAAUCAGUCGCAUACAAUGCAGCUGGUGGGUGUUUCAUGGACAAAACUUACACCCGAAUCUCUAAUAUGCUUGACAGAUUGACUACACACAAUCAGGCAUGGCACUCGGGUAAUGCUGAUAGUCUACUGCAUGGGGAUAUAAUGAUCCACAUUAUGGUGAAAGAGAAUCAUGAGACAAAACAAACGUUGGCUCAGCUUGCAAUAAAUAUUUCUUUGCUGACCAAGAGGUUUGACGAGAAGGAGACUAAGAAGAUUGAAGAUGCUAACUAUGUGAACAACUCUCAAGGGGGUUACCAAAGGCAAAACUACCAAGGGGGUUAUCAGAAUCAAAAUCAAUGGAGACCUAAGCAGGGACAAGGUACUUACAACAACGACCAGGGGAACUACAAUAAUAAUUAUGGUGGCUCGAACCAAGGGAACUAUGACAACACAAUAAUUUUAAAAAUAAGAGUUCCAAUCCAUAUAUUCCACCAAAGGGGCAAUCAAAUGAGCAAGAAGCUUGAGUCACAGAUGCGUGAUAUUUCCAGAGAUCAAGACCCUCCUCAAAAGGGAGGACUUCCUAGUGACACUAUUCCGAAUCCGAAGAAUGGGGGAGGUGCUAAAAAGAAGGUGAUAGAUCUCAAGCCAGUUGUUGAAGAAGAAGAGGUGCAAUCUGAUGCACCAAUUAUUGCUGAAGAGCUUUUCAAAUCUAAACCUCCCUUUCCUCAAAGGUUGGUGAAGAAGACGGAAGAUGCUAAGUUUCAGAUAUUUUAUGAUCAACUAAAGCAGUUGUCAUUGAACUUUCCAUUCUUGGAUGCUGUCAAGGAGAUGCCUGGAUUUUCAAAGUAUUUGAAAGACUUGCUUACUAAGAAGAGGUCUGUGCAACAUGAAACUGUGAGUUUGACUCACACUGUGAGUUCUAUUAUUUUGACAACAACAGUCCAAAAGAAGGGAGAUCCUGGGGCAUUCACCAUUUCUUGUUCUAUCGGGCGUCAUGAUUUUGCUCGUGCUCUCUGUGAUAAUGGGGCUAGUAUAAAUCAAAUGCCACUUGCUAUUUAUAAGCAAUCGGGAUUAGGGAUGCUUAGGCCGAUGACUAUGCGAUUACAGAUGGCUGACAGAUCUAUUAAGAGGCCAGUUGGCGUGGUUGAUGAUGUUCUUGUUCGGGUUGAUGAUUUUCUAUUGCUCGCAGAUUUUGUGAUUCUUGACUGUGUUAUUGAUCGUGAUAUUCUCAUUAUUCUGGGGAGACCUUUCCUUACUAUAGGAAGGGCUCUUAUGGAUUUAGAAAAGAAUGAAAUAAAAUUCUGA